CUAUCCAAAUUUUACUUCAACCACAUUUUCAGACUCAGUGAGCUGGCCUUUACUGUUUACAUUUCUAAUUUUCUAUCCACCUUUCAUGGCGAUUGCUCCACCUUCUCUUCACAAAUAUUUGUACGCGAAAUACCCUUGCGUUUCUCAUGAUUUCCGGUUUCGUCAUUCCCUCCGUUUCUCUUGUCGACCGUUCCGGUUCACUGCUAGGGCUAGCUCCACUGUCUCUUUGGAGACGGAUUUAAGCAUUCAGAAGAAUCAAACAGAGGAAACAGAUUUGUUUUCUUGCCCUGUGUGCUACGAACCACUUAUACGAAAAGGCCCGCCGGGUUUAAACUUGGCAGCUAUUUACCGGUCCGGAUUUAAGUGUAAACAAUGCGACAAAUCGUAUUCGAGUAAAGACACGUAUCUCGAUCUGACUGUUACUGCCGGAUUGAGAGACUACACUGAAGUCAAGCCAGCCGGGACCGAGCUAUUCCGGAGUCCUUUUGUAUCAUUUGUCUAUGAAAGAGGCUGGCGUCAAAAUUUCAACCGCCGUGGAUUUCCCGGGCCUGAUGAAGAGUUCAGAAUGGCUCAGGAGUACUUCAAACCUGUAGAAGGUGGCAUUUUAGUUGAUGUUAGCUGUGGAAGUGGUUUGUUUUCCCGGAAAUUCGUGAAAUCCGGAACUUAUUCUGGUGUUAUAGCACUCGAUUUUUCCGAAAACAUGCUCCGGCAAUGUAAUGAUUUCAUCGAGCAAGAUGCUUCUAUUUUGGCUAGCAAUAUCGCUCUUGUUAGGGCCGAUGUUUCCCGGCUUCCUUUCUCAUCGGGUUCCGUUGAUGCCGUACAUGCCGGUGCCGCCCUGCAUUGCUGGCCAUCGCCUUUGAAUGCCGUUGCCGAAAUUAGUCGUAUAUUGAGAAGUGGCGGAGUCUUUGUCGGAAGCACUUUUCUCCGUUAUACGUCGUCUACUCCCCGUAUAAUCCGACCUUUCCGAGAGAGGAUUCUGCAAAAUUACAGUUACCUUACGGAGGAAGAGAUCGAAGCCUUGUGUACAUCUUGCGGUCUUACCAACUAUACAAGAAAUAUUCAACAAUCUUUCAUCAUGUUUUCGGCUCAGAAGCCUUAAAGCAAGAUUCGGGUUCAGAUCAUUUUAGAUAUAUAUAUUUUCAAUGCACCUCCGAUCAUGAUCCGUAAUGAUUAGUUGCAUAACAUUAUUGAUUACACACACAUAAUUUAAAACUAUAUUCUAGUUCUCACAUCAACUCGAAUAAAUAGUUCAAGUUGAAUAAUUUAACUCUGGUUUAAAUUAAACAACUUAAAUUAUUCGAACAACUUAAUAUUUAUAUAUGGAAUUUCUAAGUUCAUUUA